AUGCCCUUAGACGCAUACGCUCAUCUCAAUGGUCUUCCCCAGGGCCGAAAUGGGUUUCCUGAAACUUUGGCAGAGCUUCGUCUCCAGCUCAUAGGCAACCGAGAGCUCAAGAUUCGGGCGCUCCAGGAGCCUCAAUUUGUCAACUGGCUCUUACACCAGCUUCAGGAGGAUUUGGAAAAGGUGGAGCUGACAAAAGACUUACCGGCCCCAGAGCUUGCGCAGGAUAUCCACGAUAAGGUGGUGAUUUUGCGUAUAUUGGCCUGUUUCGUCGCUGACGUGCAAGGUUCCGACGACAAGGUGAACGUGGACUCAAGCAGCUUACAGGGGGCGGUGCCUUUGAUUUCAAUGCUCUUUCAGUAUGUGACUGAGGUUUUUUUGCCGGUGACGGGUCAAAACUCAUCUAGAUUACCUUCGGAGGCUGGCAAAGUGAAAAGCGACAUACACAAGAGUAUUUGUGAUGCUUUGUGGAUCAUUGUUGUGUUUGCCAACGCAGAUGCUCUCUCUCUUGAUCAGAAAUGCUACGAAAAUUUGUGGAAGCUUACUACGACGCUCCUUAUAUGCGAUGAUUCUACCAUCCCGAUGGUAUCUCUGAAACUGAAGAACGCUGUUGUGUCAAGCUUACACACUCUUCCACUUCUUCUCAAGGAGGCCCCAAGGGAGCUCUCGAGAACGUAUGCCCCUUCCUUGUUGAGGCUUUGUUUGACACGUCUCCAAAAGGAAUUUGCCAUGUUGCACAGGCACUACGUCCUGGGAUUGCCCACAGUUGGCAACUUUUUGGAGAAGGUGUCGCCAAAUAUAAUUGCAGAUAAGAAAAUAUUGCGAGACAUUAUCGAGGUCGACUUCAUCACGUCUUUAGUGGUGACUACUGCCCAGUUGCUUAACUACACCAGGGAAAAAAGCAUAGCGCUUCCGCUUAAGUCACCCUUUUUCACAUCAAAAGAAGUGUUUCUUUGCAUGGUUCUCUUGCUCAAGUGUGAUGGCUGCCAUCAUCUUAACAUUGCGACCCUUAACUUGAUUCACUUCUACCUCAAUGCUCUCGAGGACCUGGGUACCGCUUCAGAGGAGAUUGUGUUUGCCACGUAUGAGAAGCUUUUCCCAAGAAUCAUCGAACUUUUGGACAGCGAUCUUGACAAAAAACACUCUGUUCCUCCAUAUCUCAAUCUCCCUGUGUCUGUGCUUUCCGGUCUCUGCCUUAAAUACCCUCGCAUGUCAUUACACUUGCACAACACCAAUGUUGAUACCAAGAUAAUGAAAGAUCUUCAGGAUCUUGUAAGGAAGACACCAAUGUUCGUGAGUAUCUUCAGACUCAAAGUAGCAUCAAAGGAAAAGUCAAAACUUGCAGAUUUUACCAGUUUAUCGAAACACCGAAAUGCUGGUCAGGCAUCGUAUGACGUGGCCGUUCAGAUCUCAAGAAUGGAACAGAUCGCUGACUACCUCCAGCUGCUUAGCGUUUAUUCAAGCUCGAACGAGGACUACCGUCGCAGAGUGACAAAAUUCCUGGACCUGAAAUCUAGCAAAUCUCAAGGGCCAAAUUUUUUGUGCUUGUUACUUUUCGAACUUAUGGACAAUUACAGAUUCUUGAUCCAACAGCUUCUCCUAUCAUAUGACGUGAUGGGUAAGCUAUUAAGAAACUCCGCCAAGCAAGACCAAACAAAGGUAUUUGACUGGUUUGGCAAGAACCUCGGUAUGAUCUACACCUUGAUAGAACAUCCUAUCUUCACACAAACGGUUUAUCUAGUAAGGUCACUUUCGCGUUCCAUCACUACUUUGAGAACUUUUUUUGUUGACUGCAAUUCUAUCAAAAGUGUAUUCGAUGUCGAUGAUGACACGACGUUAAGCUCGCUUGAUCAGAGCAACCUAAAUGAAGACAUUAUUGAAAUUGUACGGUCACGCUACAACAGAGAAGCAUCUUUCAAAAGACGAGGUACUUUUGUCUCUAGUCUUUUGGAGGUUCUCGGACAACUUGACAACGUCAAAUAUGCCAUGCAAUAUUUCACGAAAGCAAACCCCGGAUUAAGCCUUCAAUAUCCUCCACCAAGAAAGUCUCUCUGUGUCAAAAAAGUCAUUCUUUUGGCUUCCAUUGCCAACUUCAUCCUUGAUUUCAGCUCAUUCCGCUACGAGAUCGUAAACCACGACACUUUCAUGGUGGAUUUAGCCAGCGUUUUCCAGCCGCAAACGCAUGUUCAGGAAGACAUCAAAUAUUCGGAAGAAGAGGAAAGGGAGAUCUGCUAUGAGCAUCUCAGAGAGCAACUAACCGUUCUCCAGGUUGUAAAAAGUUACCUCUACAACGAAAAUGAGGAGAAUAGAAAGGUCUUGUGGGAUUUCAUCCCCUUGUCGCUUGUGUUUGAAAAAUCGCUUUAUGGUCUUGUUGGCCCCGUGGAGGAUGACCCUGAUCUUCAUUCAUUAUUCGUUCAGCACAAGAUUCUUGCUUUUGAAAUCAUGCGCAAUCUCACGGCAGCUUCGUCAUUUUUCAGUGAAGCCAUCAAAGAAUCCUACCUUGAAUACGUUAAAGAAGAGCACGACGCGGGACACACAAGUGCCCCACUCUCAUGGCACGAAUAUUUACUACGUAAUCUUUUGAGUUACAAUUUGUUUGUUGAUGAUGACAAAACCUACAGCGAGCAAGAUUUCUUUCAUAACGACGAGUUCUUUUUCAAGCUUGUCAAGAACACUGACUACGUUAGGCUUCUUGUGGGAAUCAACUAUGUGGAAGAUCAUCGUUAUACCAACAUCCUGGUUUUCAAAAAGCUGGACUUUCCACUGAAGCCAAUGAUUAAUAUAUGGAAACGCAUACUUGAUGCAAAGUUGCUGGAUAAACUCGAGCACAAAAUCUGUGGGAAUAACCUUAAUGAAAGGGUAAACUUGGCCAAUCAGCUCAUUGAGCUCAAAUUUUCCAUCAAUUGGAUCCUUAUAAACUUGACAUGGCAAGAUGAUUCAUUUGGUUACCAGGUGCCAGACAAGGUGAGUUUUGGGCUUCUUGAUACAGUAAGUCACCGAACCCACAGUGAUCCUCAUAAUGAGGAUAGACAGCUCUUCAACUCGUCAAACAUUGUGAUUGAAGAAAGUGAGGAUGAUGAUGAGGACGAGGACGACGUCCACGAUCAUGUUUCUCGAGCAGAUGACGAUGAUGCCGAAAUGAGCGCUGAAGACAAGGCCAAGCUCUUACACCGGUAUCAAUUCAGUCUGAUUCUACAGAGAAUAAUUUUGGAUAUGUCCAAGCCCAAGUAUAGAACCAGAGGAGGAUCACGAGCAAGCAGUAUGGAGCGCUUUGAUUACUUGAAUGCAAACAACUUGUAUGAAAAAUCAAAGACGGCGUUUUCCCAAAUCACAGGAUUGGUGCUGGGAAACGCUGCACACGAGGGCUCUCAAGGUAGUGGCCAACGCAGUGAAGAGCGUCACCCAUUGAGAAGAAUGAGCAACAUCAUCAGCAGUAGAGAUGGUACAAGGGUAAGAAGAGACGUGAAUCGUGGUGGUGAAGGUUUCGGCUAUGAUUCGGCCGAUGAGGUAGGCAACGAGGAAGGUGGUGCAGGCAACGUAGGUGUUGUCGAUGAACAUGACGAAGAGGAAGAAGAAGAUGACGAAGAAGAGGAUGAUAACUCCAAUACAAAUACUGAUGAAUCUGAUAUGGGUGAUGUCGUUGAUAUUGAUGAAUACUGGGUUCGGUAA